UUCAUGCCCGCGUACUCGCCCAACGCCUUUAAGUCUCAAGAAAGCAUAAUAGUCUAAGAACUACUAGAUGAAGUGACUUGUUGCACCAUUUUUUCAACGCAAGUGUUUGCUCAUUCUUUCUACACAACAUUUUCAAUCUAUUAUCCCAAUUCCCAUCUUUUUCUUGACGAAUCAUUUUUCUAUAAGUACUUGUUAAUAUGCCCCCAUAUUUCAUAUCUCAUUCUCCACUGGACUUGGAAAAUUUUUUCUCAGCUUUGGAAUUAGUAAUUAGCACAAAAAAUGGCAGAGAAGAGAGAAUCCCCGUAUCCAUUGGUAUCGGAUAAUGGCCAUCCACGAAGUGGCGAAGAGUCUGCUGCCGCUUACUCGAAAGAGCUAAAGAAAAAGAAGCGAAUGAAGUGCCUAUUGUAUAUUGUAUUGUUUGCUGUGUUUCAGACGGGAAUCAUACUGCUUUUCGCAUUAACAGUUAUGCGUAUCAAAAAGCCAAAGUUUCGGGUGCGGUCAGGGUCAUUUGUUGAACCCUUCAAUAUUGAAACCGGGGCUUCCCCUUCGUUCAAUUUGCGAAUGAAUACUCAAUUCACGGUAAAAAACACAAACUUUGGUCACUUCAAGUAUGAAGCUGGUAACGUCACGUUUGCAUACAGGGACACAACGGUUGGCGUGGCCAUUAUUGAGAAGGCUCGAGCCAGGGCUAGAUCAACGAAAAAGGUUGAUGUUAUGGUGGUAUUGAGCUCGAGCAGUUUAUCAAAUACUAAUGAAUUGGGAAGUGAUAUUAGGUCGGGGGUUCUACGUCUGACCAGCUACUCAAAUUUAGAUGGGAAGAUUCACCUGAUGAAGGUGAUCAAGAGGAAGAAGUCGGCCCAAAUGAAUUGUACCAUGGAUAUUGAAAUUGCCACAAAAACACUAGGAAAUAUCAUAUGCAAGUGAUACGCUACCUAAGUUGUUUAGGUUAUGGACUUUGAUUUUUGCGUAGGACCAUUGUGCUCUUUUUUACUUUCUUGCAGUCUUAUGGGGGAUUUGCUUUAUUUUGUGUCUUUUUCUUUUCACCAAAAGGGGACAUAUAUGUAUGUUGAUAUGGUAGUCUCUCGAGUGCCUAUUUAUUUUCUUUAUCAUGGGUUUUUUUUUUUUUUUUAAUGAGAUUG